AUGGCCACAGGAAAGAGGUGCAGCAAUUACAAAGCUGAGACAGAAGCACUCAUGAAGGCAGCCUCUAUGAUUGAGAACUCACCUGAAAAUACCACUUCAGUAGUAUUCCUCACAGAUGCAAGAUCAGUCCUUGAAGCUCUGACAAACAACACCUCCCCAAAACUAGCAAAACUUAUGACAAGACUCAGCAAUAACCUCAACAUAGCACUCCAGUGGAUACCUGCCCACUGUGGAGUGUCAGAAAACGAGGAGGCUGACCAACUAGCUAAACAGGGAGCAAAAACAGAGCAACCAAAUACCCAGGUUACAUACAGAGAGAAAGUCAGCAUCAUAAAGGCAAUCACCAGGCCCCAGCAAGAGCAAGAUGCUUAUCACCUGCUUAACAGAGCAGAACAAGUAGUGAUGGUUCGACUACGCUCAGGACACAACAGACUGAAUGCCCACUUGUACAGAUAA